AUCCCUUAUCCCUUCCCCCCAUCAUAUUUAGCCUGCCAUAAUUCCCAAACUCCGAUUCACGUUUGUCCUCCAUCUGCAGCGUUGAAAACCCUCGGCGUUGGGCAAGUUUGUUUUCUCGGCGGUUGAAUGGACCAAAAAACAGCGGCUCUUUCCUGUUCACGCUUUCCGGCUCCCCGCUUCCCAUCGGAAUCUUUUCAAGGCUCCUCUCUACACCGACGUUGUCAUCUUCCACAGCGCCUCAGUUGCAUUGAACAUCAUCUCUCUCUAUCUCCUUGCAUAACCCUGUUGUCACCUGAAAUUCCCUCAUCAUGAGUCUCAAUCGAAAACCCCCCACUCCCGUCGGUGAUACCCCACCACUAUCAAAGGACGCCGGUCUUGCUGCUUCAGAGCCUGCUACAGCACCGACAACUUCCCCGCCUACAAUGGCUUCCUCAAAAGCUAUUCCUCCACCUUCGGAUUUCAUGAGAGGGCUCCGUGAGUAUCUUAGUCAACCGGUGACUGCGUCGUUCAUUGCCGGAGGUAUUGCCGGCGCCGUCAGCAGAACAGUCGUUAGUCCAUUGGAGAGGUUGAAAAUUAUUUUUCAAGUCCAGGGUCCUGGAAACAGCUCUUACCGGGGUGUCGGACCCGCACUGGUGAAGAUGUGGAGGGAAGAAGGCUGGAGAGGCUACAUGAGAGGGAAUGGGACGAAUUGCAUACGAAUUGUACCCUACUCGGCUGUCCAGUUCUCCAGCUAUACAAUUUACAAGAGGCUCUUACUUCCAGAAGGCGGCACUGACCUCGGCACUCUUCGCCGACUCUGCGCCGGCGCCAUGGCUGGUGUAACAUCAGUUGUCGCGACAUAUCCUCUCGACAUUACCCGUACACGUCUUUCCGUUCAGUCAGCUUCGUUCUCCUCCAAGGGUGUGCCGCACACCAAACUUCCAGGUAUGUGGGCAACCAUGAAAACGAUGUAUCGUACCGAAGGCGGCACAAUAUCCCUCUACCGUGGAUUAGGCCCUACCCUCGCCGGCGUUGCUCCAUAUGUCGGAAUCAACUUUGCUACCUACGAAGCUAUGCGGAAAUUCAUGACCCCUGAAGGGGAGGCAAACCCAACGGCCCUCGGGAAACUAUGCGCGGGUGCUGUUAGUGGAGCUGUAGCCCAGAGUGUUACUUACCCCUUCGACGUAUUGAGGAGAAGAUUUCAGGUCAAUACAAUGAAUGGCCUUGGUUACCAGUACAAGAGUAUAUGGGACGCAAUAUCAAUCAUCCUCCGGGCUGAAGGUAUCAGGGGAAUGUACAAGGGGCUAUUGCCAAACCUGCUGAAGGUGGCGCCGAGCAUUGGCAGUAGUUUCUUGAGUUUUGAAAUUGCUAGAGAUCUACUUGUCGCCCUAGACCCAAAGCUAAACAUAUGAACCAAGCACUUCUUGUCUUCUAUUUGCUAAUUACUUGAUUGCGUUCGUGGUUUCGACAAGCAAAACUCGGCCUGCGAAAAAAAAUACCCUCUCGGUAUCUACGGAGGGGCUGUGUGAUAGAAUUGUCUUUUAUAUAUCUUUUUGCUAGUGUUUUUGACAUUAAGGGUAAUUUCAUUUUUCCUCAUUUAUUUCUAUUUUUGCAGUCCUGCAUGAAUUUUGUUAGCCUAUCCCUGCUCACCCUAGUUGCUUUGGGGGCAU